CGGCAGACCAACUCCAUGCCGGCAACGGCAACGGCAACGGCACGGCGUAACCGCGCCCGCCCCGCGAAGGCGACCACGCGGCCGCAGGAGGCCGCAGCAGCACGAGACGGCUGCACGGAGCUCUCCGCGUGGACCAGCGUCCGGCAGGAGCGAUGGGAGGGCGAGCUGCCCGUCCAAGGACGCCUCCCUGACUGGCUGAGCGGCACGUACCUGAGGAGCGGGCCGGGGCUGUGGGACGCGGACGGCGGCGGCGGCGCGUUUCACUACCUGUUCGACGGCUACGCCACUCUCGUCCGCGUCUCCUUCCGGCAGGGCCGCGCCACGGGCGCGCACCGGCUGAUCGAGUCGGACGCAUAUGUGUCCGCCGUGGAGAGCGGCGGACCCGUCCUGCUCGAGUUCUCGCAGUGCCCCAAGCCCGGGAACAUGCUAGACCGCGUGAGCAACGCCGUCGGGAUCCUCAGCGGCGCGGCGCUCACGGACAACCCCAACGCCGGCGUGCUGCCGCUCGGAGACGGCCGGGUGCUGUGCCUCACCGAGAGCACCAAGAGCUCCGUCCUGGUCGACCCGGAGACGCUCGCCACGGUCGGCAAGUUCAGGUACGCCGACGGCCUCGGCGGCAUGAUGAUGAUGAUCCAGUCCGGGCACCCGAUCGUGACCGAGUCCGAGCUCCUGAAGGUGCUCCCAGACCUCGCCCGCCCGGGCCACCUCGUCGUCAGGAUGGCGGCCGGGAGCGACAAGAGGGAGGUGAUUGGCAGAGUGGACUGCCGCGGGGGGCCGACCCCGGGGUGGAUGCACUCGUUCGCCGUCACCGAGAACUACGUCGUCGUGCCGGAGAUGCCGCUCCGGUACUCGGCCAGCAGACUGCUCAAGGGCGAGCCCGCCCCGUACUACGCCUUCGAGUGGCUCCCGGCGUCCGGCAGCUACAUGCACGUCAUGUGCAGGUCCACCGGGAAGACGGUGGCGAGCGUCGAGGUGCCGCCGUUCAUGGCGAUCCACUACAUCAACGCGUACGAGGAGAGAGGCGAGGACGACGGCCCCGCUGCUGCGGUUAUCGUCGACUGCUGCGAGCACUACGGCGAUCCCGCCAUCAUCGAGACGCUUGCCCUCCACAGGCUGAGAUCGUUCAGGGACCAGGACGUGCUGCCAGACGCCAGGGUGGGUCGCUUCAGGAUACCGCUGGACGGCAGCCCGUUCGGCGAGCUCGACACGGCGCUGGACCCGGAGGAGCACGGCCGGGGAAUCGACAUGUGCAGCAUCAACCCGGCCUACCGCGGCCGGGCCUGCCGGUACGCCUACGCCUGCGGCGCCCGCCGGCCGUGCAACUUCCCCAACACCCUCACCAAGAUCGACCUGGUGGAGAAGGCGGCCAAGAACUGGCACGAGGAGGGUGCCGUGCCGUCGGAGCCCUUCUUCGUGGCCAGACCCGGAGCGACGGACGAAGACGAUGGAGUGGUGAUAUCUAUUGUAAGCGCCCUCGGUGGAGACGGCUAUGCGCUAGUGCUGGACGCGAAGACGUUCCAAGAGAUUGCCCGUGUGAGCUUCCCCUAUGGCCUGCCCUACGGCUUCCACGGUUGCUGGAUCCCUGAAAAGAUCUUACCAGACCGUGUGUAACUCUUAUCAUGUCCAUGAUCAAUAAAAUCUGGUGGUGAUGCUAAAAAAAAGUAGUACUGUACUAUCAAAGUGCCAUAGUGCGCCAAUAUCUAAACAAAUGCACUCCUAGUCCUAGCUACUCUCAUUUCAAAUGUAAGGGUGUAUUAGUUUUAAAGCUUGGCUGUGUGCGCUCGAAGAG